UUUGUAUGUUGUUGACACCUGAGGUCUCUUGCGCAUGCGCGGUCUGCAUCACGAGGAUACGCCUUUGUGUUGAAAUCGAAAGUAAAGUCUCAAUACUUACCGAAUGUAACUUCACAUUUCGAAGACUUAAAAACUGGCAUAAAAAUCCCAUUACGGCCUCUUGUCAGUCUGUCAUCAUGGAGAUCAGAGAGAGAUCUUCAUCUCCAGAUCACACCAGAGAGACUCUGAAGAGCCACAGAUCCAUGAAUCCUCCUGAAUCCAGUGAUGAUCCAGUGACCUCUGACCUCAGGAUCUGCAGUCAGAGAUCUUCAUCUCCUGAUCACAGCUGUGUGUCUCUGAAGAGUGACGGAUCCAUGCAUGAUCCUCCUGACCUCAGUGAUGAAGCAGUGACCUCUGACCCCAGCAGAGCAGAUGGAGAGCGAAGCAUCUCUGGAGGAGUCUCCUCUGUCUUCUGUCUGAACAACACGAGCGUUACAGCGUCUCUGAAUAAACAUGAUCAAGCAGUGAAUGAUGAACUACAGAGAGUCAAAGAGCAGCACAAAACCAGCAUGAAGAACAAGUAUGAGAGAUUAUGUGAGGGACUGAAACUCCAGGAGAAUGAAAGCCUCCUGAACAGCAUCUACACACAGCUCUACAUCAUAGAGGGAGAGAGAGAAGGAGUGAAUGAAGAACAUGAGGUUUUACAGAUGGAGAAAACAGCCAGAACACAACACUCACAAGACACUCCAAUCUACUUCAAUGACAUCUUUAAAGCCUCAGCUGAAGCAGGAUCUGAGGGGAAAGAGCAGAUCAAGACUGUUCUUACUAAAGGCAUCGCUGGAAUCGGAAAAAAAACCGUCUCUGUGCAGAAGUUCAUUCUGGACUGGGCCGAGGGAAAAGCCAAUCAGGAUGUAGAUUUCAUGUUUGUGCUUCCAUUUCGAGAGCUGAACUUGAUCCGAGAUCAUCAGUACAGUCUUCACAGACUUCUGCUGGACUUUCAUCCUGAACUUCAAGAUCUGGACUCACAGAUUUAUGAGGAGUGUAAAGUUGUGUUCAUCUUUGAUGGUCUGUAUGAAAGCAGAAUCACACUGAUGUUUUCAGACGCUCAGAAAGUUUGUGAUGUGACUGAGACUUCAUCAGUGGCUGUGUUGAUGUCAAAGCUCAUGAAAGGAGAGCUGCUUCCCUCUUCUCUCAUCUGGAUCACCUCCAGACCAGCAGCAGCCAAUCAGAUCCCAUCCAAAUACAUCCACCGUCUGACAGAAAUUCAGGGAUUCACUGAGCCUCAGAAGGAGGAAUAUUUCAGGAAGAGAAUCAGUGAUGAGCAUCAAGCCAGCAGAAUCAUCUCACACAUCAGAAGAGCAAGAAGCCUCCACAUCAUGUGCCACAUCCCCGUCUUCUGCUGGAUCUCAUCCACUGUGCUUCAGAAGCUCAUGGAAGAAGAUCUGAGAGCAGAAAGUCCCCAAACUCUGACUGAAAUGUACAUCCACUUCCUGCUGAUUCAGAUCAACAUGAGGAAGCAGAAGUAUGCAGAGAGAGAUUCAGAGAAACUCCUGCAGUUCAACAGAGAAGUGAUUGUGAAACUUGCUGAAGUGGCUUUCAAACAGCUGAUGAAGGGCAAUGUGAUGUUCUAUGAGGAGGACCUGAUUGAGAGCGGCAUAGACGUCACUGAUGCCUCAGUGUAUUCUGGGAUUUGCACUGAGAUCUUUAAGCAGGAAUCUGUGAUUCAUCAGAGGAAAGUCUACAGCUUCAUUCAUCUGAGCGUUCAGGAGUUUCUCGCUGCUUUCUAUCUGCUUUACUGCCAUUUAACAAAGAACAUGGAGCCACUGCGUGAAUUCAGAUUAUACAUAUCUGAUAAAGACUCUCUGUGUGAUCUACUAACAUCAGCAGUAGAUAAAGCUCUUGAGAGUAAGAAUGGACGUCUGGAUCUGUUCCUGCGGUUCCUGCUGGGCGUCUCACUGGAGUCCAAUCAGAGACUCUUACAGGAUCUACUGACACACACAGAGAACAGCUCAGAGACCAUCAGCAGAACCACACAGUACAUUAAAGAGAAGAUCAAAGAUCCAAAUGAAAGUUAUCCUCUCUCAGCUGAUCAGUCUAUCAAUCUGUUCCUCUGUCUGCUGGAAGUGAAAGAUCAGACUCUGUUCAGAGAGAUUCAGGAGUUUGUGAAAUCAGGCAAACACUCAGAGAAGAAACUCUCUCCUCCUCAGUGCUCAACAAUCUCCUACAUGCUUCAGAUGUCAGAGGAGCCGCUGGAUGAACUGGACAUCAUGAAAUACAACACAUCAGCUGAGGGGAGAAGAAGACUGAUACCAGCUGUGAUCAACUGCAGAAAAAGCUGUAAUGUUGAGGUGUUUCAGGAGAAAGCAGAAAACACUCCUUUAGCAGCUUGA